UUUCAUACAGAACUAGAAAGUGCAAAUUUAAUAGAAAUGGGUGAUUCAAGGUUACAUUCAACGGCAUCAGCUUCUUCGGCGCAUCAGUUAACGCCGACACCCCGAAAAUCCCAUGGUCAUUCGCAAAAGGAAGUACCACGGGAAAAAUCCUACGAUGGGGAUACAUUUAUUAAGCACUUUUCUUCACGAGGCGCUCGCGAAAUUAUCGUAACAGACUCCCAUGGCAAGCCACUUCGAUGGACGGUUCCCACAAAGCGCUGUAAUCUUUAUGUUUCGAUGCUGAAGCCCCUGGUAACAAUGGCUCGCAACGUGGUGCGCGAUCUGGAUCCCUCCGAUGACGUCACAUUUUUGCGCAUGCGUUCCGAAUCACGUGAAGUGCUCAUCACUCUGGGAUCAGAUUUUAUUUUAAUUGUCAUACAAAACCUCAGGCACAAGAGGCAUGAUCGCACAUAAAUCCUUUAAGCAUUAAAAGUUUGUAUUACUCAAGUAUUUAUUUCUUGCGACGGUACGUUAAAAAUUAAACAAAAUUAAUCGUUAAAAUGGAAAAUAGA